UGGGCUUCUCCGUAGUGAUCCCAUUAUCACCUCCAUCUCACUGGACAGCCAGCAUCGUAUUGUCUCUUAGAGACGCAAACAGUUGAGUACCUUUGGGGAAGCCCACCCCCCGAGUGGCCACCAUGGGGGACGAUAGCGAGUGGAUGAAGCUUCCCAUCGACCAGAAAUGUGAACACAAGGUGUGGAAAGCCCGUCUGAAUGGAUACGAAGAAGCUCUGAAGUUGUUCAAGAGGAUAACGGACGAGAAGAGUCCAGAGUGGGGGAAGUACCUGGGACUCAUCAAGAAGUUUGUCACCGACUCAAAUGCCGUGGCUCAGCUUAAAGGCCUGGAGGCUGCGCUGGCCUUCAUCGAGAACGCUCAUGUUGCUGGGAAGACGACGGGUGAGGUGGUGUCAGGCGUGGUGACCAAAGUGUUCAACCAGCCGAAGGCCCGGGCCAAGGAGCUGGGCGCUGACAUCUGUCUGAUGUACAUAGAGAUAGAGAAGGCUGAGGUGGUGCAAGACGAGCUGCUCAAAGGACUGGACAACAAGAACCCCAAGAUAGUAGUGACCUGCCUCGAAGCACUCAGGAAGGCUCUCAGUGAGUACGGAUCAAAGAUAGUGACUCUGAAGCCGGUAGUGAAGGUUUUACCCAAACAGUUCGAGUCCAGAGAGAAAGCGGUGAGAGACGAAGCCAAGCAGCUCGCCAUAGAGAUCUACAAAUGGAUCCGAGACGCUCUGAGACCUCCGCUGCAGAACAUCAACUCUGUUCAGCUGAAGGAACUGGAGGAGGAGUGGGUGAAGCUACCUACAUCUCCUCCCAAGCAGAGCCGGUUCCUGCGCUCCCAGCAGGACCUGAAGGCAAAGUUUGAACAACAACAAGCACAAGGAGAACAGUCCGAUGGAGAGGAUGAGGAGGAAACAGUGACAGCAGUAGAUCCUUAUGAACUGCUGGAAGCUGUGGAGAUUCUCUCCAAGAUGCCCAAAGACUUCUAUGACAAAAUAGAAGCUAAAAAGUGGCAGGAGAGGAAAGAAGCUCUUGAGGCUAUAGAAGCUUUGGCCAAGAACCCCAAACUAGAGAAUGGAGACUAUGGAGACCUGGUCAGAGCCCUGAAGAAGGUUGUGGGGAAAGAUGCAAACGUGAUGCUGGUGUCACUGGCAGCCAAAUGUCUAGCCGGACUGGCCGCUGGUCUCAGGAAGAAGUUUGGAACAUAUGCAGGACAAGUGGUUCCAACCAUUCUGGAGAAGUUCAAAGAGAAGAAGCCUCAGGUUGUCCAGGCUCUGCAGGAGGCCAUCGACGCCAUCUUCCUCACUACCACUCUACAGAACCUGUCAGAGGACAUCCUGGGAGUGAUGGACAAUAAGAACCCUUCCAUUAAACAGCAAGCCUCUCUGUUUCUGGCCCGCUCCAUCAGACACUGCACUCAGGCCACACUGCCCAAGAGCGUCCUCAAACCCCUCUGUGCUGCCCUCAUAAAGCAAGUGAAUGACUCGGCUCCAGAGGUGCGAGAUGCUGCUUUUGAAGCUUUGGGGACGGCCAUGAAAGUGGUGGGAGAGAAAGCUGUGAACCCUUUCCUCUCCGAUUUGGAUAAACUCAAACUGGACAAGAUAAAGGAGAGCGCCGAUAAAGUGGAGCUCGCAGGAGGGAAGAAGGGUGCAGGAGGAAGUGGAGCUGGAGACAAGAAGCCUGUAGCUAGGGCUCCUCCCGCUGCUGAGGCUCCACCCAAAUCCACAGCCCCACCCAAGAAGACCCCAGCUGCUGGCGGCAAGUCGUCAGGUCCACCUAAGAAAGGCAAACCUGCUGCAGCUGGUGGGAAAGCCAAAAAGGGCGCUGAUAGUAAAGAGGUCGCAGAGACUGAAUUGUCGGUUGAGGUGUGUGAGGAUCUGGCAGCAGGUGUCCUUCCUGCCUCCUGUCUACAGCAACUGGACUCUUCUAACUGGAAGGAGAGACUGGCCAGUAUGGAGGAGUUCCAGAGGGCUGUUGAAACCAUGGAUAAGGCACAGAUGCCCUGCCAGGCUUUAGUCAGGAUGUUGGCCAAGAAACCGGGUUGGAAGGAGACCAACUUCCAGGUGAUGCAGAUGAAGCUCCACAUCGUCGCUCUCAUUGCAGAGAGGGGAAAGUUUUCCAAGACGUCCGCCACCGUGGUUUUGGACGGCUUGGUGGAUAAAGUCGGAGAUGUUAAAUGUGGCGGAAAUGCCAAAGAGGGACUGACUGCUAUUGGACAGGCCUGUUCACUGCCAUGGACUGCAGAACAGGCUAUGUCUAUGGUGUUUGCACAGAAGAACCCCAAGAACCAGGCAGAGACUCUCAACUGGCUGGCUAAUGCUAUGAAGGAGUUUGGCUUUGCUGGUAUCAAUGUGAAGGCUUUCAUCAACAAUGUGAAGACGGCUCUGGGAGCGACUAACCCGGCUAUUCGAACGGCAGCCAUCACCCUGCUGGGAGUCAUGUACCUCUACAUGGGAGCUCCUCUCCGCAUGUUCUUUGAGGAUGAGAAGCCAGCUCUCCUCGCACAGAUAGAUGCUGAGUUUGAGAAGAUGCAAGGUCAGUCUCCACCAGCUCCAAUCAGAUUAACCAAGAAGGCAGCAUCAGCAGAGGAGGAGGGUGAUGAUGGAGAGGAGGGGGAAGAAGACGGAGGAGGAGGAGGAGGAGGUGGACAGGACAUCAUGGACCUGCUGCCCAGAACAGAUAUCAGCGACAAGAUCACAUCCGAUCUGGUGUCUAAAAUCGGGGAUAAGAACUGGAAGAUCAGGAAGGAGGGUCUUGACGAGGUUGCAGCCAUCAUCUCAGAGGCCAAAUUCAUCACAGCCAACAUAGGAGAGCUGUCUCUGGCCCUGAAAGGACGACUAGGCGAUUCCAACAAGAUCCUGGUCCAGCAGAGCCUGACUAUCCUGCAGCAGCUGGCUACAGCAAUGGGACCUGGACUAAAGCAGCAUGUUAAAGCACUGGGAAUCCCUGUAAUCACUGUACUGGGAGAUAGUAAGGCGAAUGUCAGGGCGGCUGCUCUGGCCACUGUGCAGGCCUGGGUAGAGCAGACCGGGAUGAAGGAGUGGCUAGAAGGAGAAGAUCUGUCAGAGGAGCUGAAGAGAGAGAAUCCCUUCCUACGACAGGAGGUGUUAGGAUGGUUAGCAGAGAAGCUGCCCACUCUGAGGACAGUACCUGGGGAUCUGAUGCUGUGCAUCCCCCAGCUCUACGCCUGCCUGGAGGACAGGAAUGGAGACGUGAGGAAGAAAGCCCAGGAUGCCCUGCCCACCUUCAUGAUGCACCUGGGAUACGAUAAGAUGACUAAGGCCACUGGGAAACUCAAGCCUGCCUCUAAGGACCAGGUGGUAACCAUGUUGGAAAAAGCCAGAACAGUGAUGCCAGCUAAACCUGCUGCUCCUGCCAAAGCUGGAGGAGGAAAAGGCUCUGCAGAGCCAAGCAGAGCUGCCUCAGCCUCCAGGUCUCAGCCAGCCAAUGAGGACUUCCCUGACAGUAAACCUGAAGUUAAGAAAGUGAGAGGAGGGGCGCCCGCUAAGAAGCUCCCCUCUCCUCAAGAAGAACCUGCCCCUCCCCCUCCCUCCAAGGACAAGGACAGUAAUGCUAGUAAAAAGCCCCCCGGCAAAGGGAAGGCUGCUGCUGGCAGUCAACAGGGUGCAGCUGCUAAGAAGCCCACAGCUAAAGGCGUGAAGGACGAUGAAGAUAGGUCUGGGCCAAUCUUCGUCCUCAUCCCCAACGCUAAGGAGCAGAGGAUCAAAGAGGAGAAGCAGCUGAAGAUCUUAAAGUGGAACUUCACCACCCCUCGAGACGAAUAUGUGGAGCAGCUGAAAACUCAGAUGUCCACCUGCUUUGCCAAGUGGCUCCAGGACGAGCUCUACCACUUUGACUUCCAGAGACAUGUUAAAGCUAUCGGAGUCAUGAUCGAGAGGUUAGAGAGCGAGAGCGACGCCACCAUCAGCUGUCUGGAUCUGAUCAUGAAGUGGUUCACCCUGCGAUUCUUCGACACCAACACCACAGUCCUGAUGAAGGUGCUGGAGUAUCUGAAGCUGCUGUUCGUCAUGCUCAACAGAGAGAACUACCACCUCACUGAGUACGAGGCCAACUCUUUCGUCCCCUACCUCAUACUGAAGGUCGGAGAGUCAAAGGACGUGGUUCGUAAAGACGUUCGAGCCAUUCUGACCAUGCUGUGUAAAGUUUACCCAGCAUCCAAGGUCUUCCCUUUCCUCAUGGAUGGAACCAAGUCCAAGAACUCCAAACAAAGAGCUGAAUGUCUGGAGGAGUUGGGUUGUUUGAUAGAAAGCUACGGGAUGAAUGUAUGCCAGCCCACUCCAGCUAAGUGUCUGAAGGAGAUCGCUGUCCACAUCGGAGACAGAGACACGUCAGUCCGUAACGCCGCCCUGAACACCGUGGUGGCCGUCUACAACGUCUGCGGAGAACAAGUCUACAAACUAAUAGGAAAUCUGUCGGAGAAAGACAUGAGCAUGCUGGAGGAGAGGAUCAAACGUUCAGCUAAGAAGACGCCCGCACCUCCGGCCAAGCCGGCUGCAGCAGAGAGAACUCAGAGGGAGCACCCGACCAACCCCAAUGCCACCUUCCUCCGCAAGCCUGCACAGGAAGACCCCAACAAACUCAACCAAGCCCGUCAGAACGCCCAGCACAGCGAGCCCUCCCACCCAUCUAUCCCCAAGGAGUUCCAGUUAGACCUGGACAUGAUCGAGAUGGACCAGAGCAGAGUGUGUGAGCUGCCGGACCUCGUCCAACACAAGCUGGAUGAGCUGCUGGAGCCCAUCAUGAUCCCCGAACCCAAGAUGAGAGCUGUCUCUCCUCACUUUGAUGACCUCCACAACAGCACAGCCUCCACCAUCAACUUUGUCAUCUCUCAGGUGGCGAGUGGUGACAUCAACACCAGCAUACAGGCACUGGCACAGAUUGAUGAGGUGUUGCGGCAGGAAGACAAAGCAGAGGUCAUGUCAGGUCACAUCGACCAGUUCCUCAUCGCCACCUUCAUGCAGCUGAGGCUCAUCUACAACACACACAUGGCUGACGACCGGCUGGACAAGAGGGACAUCUUUAAACUGUACAGCUGCAUCAUAGGAAACAUGCUGUCUCUGUUCUCUAUGGAGCCUCUGGCCAGAGAGGCGUCUAUGGGCGUGUUGAAGGACCUGAUGCACGGUCUGAUCACACUGAUGCUGGACGCCAGGGUGGAGGACAUAGAAGAGGGACAGCAGCUCAUCAGAUCUGUCAACCUGCUGGUAAUUAAAGUCAUGGAGAGGUCUGACCAGACCAACAUACUCAGUGCUCUGCUGGUUUUGCUUCAGGAGAGUUUAGUCACAACAGCUGGGUCUCCCAUGUUACCUGAACUAGUCAUGAAGUGUCUGUGGAGGAUGAUCCGCUUCCUCCCAGAGACCAUCAACAACAUCAACCUGGACCGGAUCUUAUUGGACGUCCACAACAUCAUGAAGGUUUUCCCCAAAGAGAAACUCAAGCAGCUCAAGAGUGACAUGCCACAUAGAACCCUCAAGACCCUGUUACACACACUCUGCAAGCUCACCGGGGCCAAGAUCCUGGACCACCUGUCAAUGAUAGAGAAUCGUAACGAGUCAGAGUUAGAGGCUCAUCUGAGGCGGGUGGUCAAACACUCUGGAAACCUGUCUGGAUACAAAUCUGACAGAGGCAGCGAGAAGACUGGUCUGCACACGGAGGAUCGCAUGUCAAAGGCAAAGGUCAGUGAUAUUCUGACUGAAAUCUUCAAGAAGAUCGGCUCCAAAGAGAACACGAAAGAGGGUUUGACAGAGCUGUAUGAGUACAAGCAGAAGUACUCAGAUGUAGACUUGGAGCCUUUCCUCAAGAACACCUCCCAGUUCUUCCAGAGCUACGUGGAGCGAGGACUCCGUAUGAUCGAGUCUGACAGAGAGGGCAAAGCUCGCAUCCAGACCUCAACAGUGAUCCCUCAGCACAGCGCUGACUCCAACCUGAGCAGCAACAACGAAGAACUGAAACCAGCCGUUUACUACGAGAGACUCAAGAUCCUGAGACAGAGACAAGGCCUGGAAAACACCUCCAGACAGGGUCUUAGUGGAAGCGAGGACGAGCCGCAGCAGCGACCCGCCAUCUCCUCCCUGCUUUCGUCCAAGCCGUCCGUGGCUUCCUCCACCGACAUGCUCCACAGCAAGCUGUCCCAGCUCAAAGAGUCCAGAGAGCUGUACCAGCAGGAACACAACGUGCACUCCCACUCCCCCACCCACGGCAACACCCGCUCCGCCUCGCCCGCCGCCAACCUGGACGACCUGAAGAAACGUCUGGAGAGGAUAAAGAGCAACAGGCAGUAGGAGCCGCCGCCCAACCGCCCGCCCCCUCCACUCAUCCGCUACACACCUGUGGAGUUGGGCUGGUAGUUCAGAAUCAACCACAAACCCCCAUCUCCCCUCCUCUCCCCCUACACCCCCUCCUCUUUUUAACUCGCUCUGUGUUUCUAUUCAUGCUCUGGUAGAUGGACCUCCACCACCCCCCACCCCCCCUCUCUCCCCUCCCCUACUCUCACCCUUAACCCGCCUUCUGUAUCAAAAAAAAUCAGGUAGCAACUCAGAUUUGAACCUGACUCCACCCACUGUGCCUGUAUGUUAUUAGAAAUCAAACACACCCUAACCUGAUUGUAGUAAUCUUGAAUUAAGGCUGUGACGCGCACAUAAACGCACACAAACACACACUGCAUCCAUGUGUUUAUAGCUCUUAUUCAACCUUUAAAAAAGCUAUCAAAAAAAAAAGAAGUCGUUAUUUUUUGUUUUGGUUUGUUUGUUUCGCUCAUCAGGACAAAAAAAAGAAAGAAGCAGAAGUUGAGUUUAGAUGUGUGUGUGCAGGAUCACAGACUCACCUGUAGUUCUCUAUAUGUACAGUUUCAUCUUAACAACCUACUACUACCCUCUCUCUCUUUCUGUAUGUCCUGUCCUCUCCCACCCAAACCUUCAUCUCACUGUAUAAUAAUAAUCAAAUAGUGGACUCCCUUUCCUUUUCUCUCUCUCUGUUUUGAAGUAUCACAGCACAACAUGUUUGUACAUAUUUAAAGGUUGUUAACCACUUCGUGAGGCGCUUCUCUAAUAGUGUUUGGAUGGAGAAACACUGCUGUACAGAGCUGGUGUAGCUGUGCAAAUGCAGCCUGUGACUGCCCCCUUGUGGUUGAACACUAUCAUACACCUGUUUAGCAUCAGUAUUACAAUUUCUUAAUCCUGGACGUUAAAAAAAAAAAAACCUCAACCUUUCUGACUGUAGUUUGGUGAAGACAAACGACUAUUGUAUAAAGUCUUUAUUAAUAGCACGGUGCUGACAGGGCUUCAUGCUCCAGCACUUCAUUUAAUCGACUUAAACGUGUGAUUUUUCUCUCUCUCCACGUCACAUAAAAAUAAGUGAAAGUGCAUUUCCACAGCGACAUCAGCGUGUCUGAGUGUGUUUUUUUUGUUGGGUUUUUUUUGGUCCUCUGAUAUGAUUUCAAAAUUGAUGAGGCUCUAAGAAGAAGCAGCAGGUCAGGUGUUACUUGAAGGUGUGAGAGCAGCCUUCUAGAAAGCGUUUGUGUAAAGUCAGCGGUUUCCAAUCCUCUUUUUUUUCUUUUCUUUUUUUUAAAUUAAAGACGAAAAGUUCAGAUUUUACAUCCCGACCAAACUGGAGCUAAUCAGCUGAUUGUGUUUGGCUGUGAUGAAAACCUGCAGACUCUUUAAAAAAAAAAAAAAAUUAAAAAACCCUGCUUUCAGUCUGGAGGAGCAUUUGUACCCGCUGUCUCUUUUCAACCAAUCAGAACAGAGAAUCUGAGCUGCUUUUUCUUCAUUGGAGCGGAGUGUGUUUUUAAAGUAGUGUGUCAGACUGUGCUGCGUGGGGGUGACACUCUGCUGUAAAUAGUGUACGUACUAAUGCCCUCCAUUAAACCCCCCCCCCCCCCCCAUCCGUUAUUUAACAGACUUGCAGAGCCAACAUGGCCGUCACUGUAAAGCACUUCUUAGACCAAACUCUUGUUUAUUUAUGUGCGGCUCAGUCCAGCUGAAGGAGGUUCGGCUCUGUUCUGUGCGUACGGUUACAGAGCAUGGAGCAUGAAGUCACUGAUUGUUUUUAUUUCCUUCCUGUAAAUAAAGUUUGCAUUACUAAAAUCUGCUGCUUAAAGACGUCAUUGUUUUUCUGAUGAAGACGAUGGCCGUGAUGAUGAUGAUGAUGGUGGUGAUGAUGAUGAUGAUGUCAGUCAUCUGUUCUGUAGCCGAAUGUUGAGUAAAAGGAAAAAAUAAAUAACAUUGUUUUUUGUAUUUAAUUCAAACAUCAGUAGUCUUACAUUGUUGCUCUCAGUCCUUGUAUAAUCCAUAGUGGAAGAUGGCAAUAAAGUCUUGGUUUUUUUUU